CCCUCUUUUUACAAGAAACUGCACUGCCUCUCUCAAGUCUCUAAAUUUCAUCCUUUUAUCAACCCAUCUUUCGCUUCUUUCCUUAUUCCUUUCUUCUUUUUGCAUUUAAACAAAGGAACGAUGACUGGGGGAAUUCAGGAAGGUGAUCAAAGUGUGAGGCUUGAUCUUCUUAAGCAGAAAAUGGCCAACUUUGCCAAGGAAAGGGACUGGGAUCAGUUCCACAGCCCUCGAAAUCUCCUUUUGGCCCUGGUGGGUGAAGUGGGAGAAUUGUCAGAGAUAUUUCAGUGGAAAGGGGAGGUACCGAAAGGGUUGCCUGAUUGGAAAGAAGAAGAAAAAGUUCACCUCGGUGAAGAACUCUCCGAUGUUCUUCUCUACCUUAUAAGGCUGUCUGAUAUCUGUGGCAUCGAUCUGGGGAAAGCUGCUUUGCGCAAACUAGAACUCAAUGCUAUCAAGUACCCGGCUUCCAAGAAAAACUUCAACAAUGGCAUUGCAGAGAGUGCUUGAUCAUUAUCUAUUUAAAUGUUCGGUUUUCUUUAAGAACUUGUAUUUAUAUUGUAACAAUACGAAACUUUAAUUAUGAAAAGUGUUUUACUUUC